GUUCGACAUUAGCAGAAAUGAAGCUAACAGCAGGCGAGAACUUUUCUUCUGCACUUUAUUAAAAGUCAAGACACGAACAUGCGUUGAGUCGCGGGAAACCCAGUCUACCGCCAGGUCGCAGAUUUCCUGGACACCACAGCGGGCGUCUCUUUCCGGCGCAGUCCGCUGGAUGCUGAUGCUGAGGAGCCUCUCUGAUCUCGGGGCUGCAGCAGGUGGAGGCAGCCGCCGCCACGGAGAUGAUGCCCAGCCUGAACUGGAAGCCGUUCAUCUACGGAGGGAUGGCCUCGAUUGUCGCAGAAUUCGGUACGUUUCCCAUCGACCUGACUAAGACCCGGCUGCAGGUCCAGGGUCAGUCCCAGUACACCGAGGUGCGCUACAGAGGCAUGUUUCACGCUCUGUUCAGGAUCGGCAAGGAGGAGGGCAUCCGGGCGCUGUACUCCGGGAUUUCCCCCGCUCUGCUGAGACAAGCUUCUUACGGAACAAUCAAGAUCGGAACGUACAAUUCUCUGAAGAGGCUGUUUGUCAGCCACCCAGAAGAUGAGACGAUGGUCAUCAACGUCUUCUGUGGAGUGGUGUCUGGAGUCCUGUCCUCCUCUCUGGCCAACCCCACCGACGUUCUCAAGAUCAGGAUGCAGGCUCAGGGCAGCCUCCUCCAGGGCAGCAUGAUGUCCAACUUCAUCAACAUCUACCAGACAGAAGGCACCAGAGGGCUGUGGAGGGGCGUCAUUCCCACCGCUCAGCGAGCCGCCAUCGUCGUUGGGGUGGAGCUUCCCGUCUACGACAUCACAAAGAAGCACCUCCUCCGCUCGGGCCUCAUGGGGGACACCAUUCUGGCACAUUUCAUUUCUAGUUUCACCUGCGGCUUGGCCGGAGCGCUGGCCUCCAACCCCGUAGACGUGGUCCGGACCCGGAUGAUGAACCAGCGGGUUUUGUCUGGGAGCCCCAUGUACAAAGGAACGCUGGACGGAGUGAUGCAGACAUGGAGGAACGAGGGCUUCUUUGCUCUCUAUAAGGGCUUUUGGCCCAACUGGCUGCGACUGGGGCCUUGGAACAUCAUCUUCUUCAUCACCUUCGAGCAGCUGAAGAAGCUUCCGUUUUAACGGCUGCAGGACAUCUGCUGGUCUCAGAUCAGUGGGGUGUGAACACGGCAGCACCAGUAUGAUCACACUCCCUUUACAUCGACACCGCUGGUACACCUGCCCCAUUCAAAUCUGACUUCUUUAGGUUUUUAAGCGUUCUAUUUAUCGCCAGUAUUUGCUUUUUUUAAUGCAGUUUGGAGGACGGUUGAUUUUUGUCUCCCUCCGUCACUUUGGUCACUCCGCAGGCAGCUAAAUGUGUGUUUGUAGCAGCAGUGUGAAAGCGUGGAAGACUAGAUUUAUUUCAAAUGUUGUCUUCUUAACAUUUGCUGGGGAUAAUACGUCUUGCAGAGUGCCAGUCCAGACCUGCAUGACAACACAGUUUGUGGCAGAAGAAGAAGAAAAGAGUUAAAUUUAGAAAAGAAUGAUGUGUUUAAAGGCAUAGACACUGCAUGAAGUGUGCUAGGAAAACAGCUCAUGAUAUAACUGUUGAAUGUUGAGAAACUGUAUGGAAGAGUCGCUGCAAAACGACAAAUGGACUGUUACGAGAAGCCACUGUACAGAGAGGAAAGGAAAACAGAAAGCAAGAAGAAAUGAGCUGCGUGUCAAAAACUGUGUCUGAAAGAGAGUCAGUUAGAAAAAUUCCCAACAGAAGAACACCUGAAUGAAUCUGAGGCUGAAAGAAGUUUAUUUUUCUCUUUAUUAUUUAUUUUUUUUUUUUGUUGGAAAGAAUCAGUUUGUUGAGCCAUAGUGGAGCAUAAGCUAUGACCAUCUGGGAUCUGAAAAAAUCUGAACCAAAGCCUCUAAUAACAAAAGGGAGACAUACUUUUUUCUUUUAUUUAUUAUUUUAUUUUUAGAAGUGUUCAUUUCAAAACGAUCACUUACAUGAGGUGUUUUUGUUGUUAGAGACGCCUCCAGCCUGGCUCUGCUCGGACGUUGCAGGCUGUUAAACAGACUUUGCUGCCAUGAAGUGGAUGAAAGCGGUUCAGUAAAUACUGUAAAUGUGUGUACAGACUCUUUCACACACACAGAGGUGGAUGUAUUUUGUCUUCGGCAUGUCCAGGUGUACAUACGAUGUCUGUUGACACUAGUUUUCCUCUUGUGUUCUCCGUCGUGCCAAAAUGUGUUUCUACCGAUUUAUUUGAAGGUUUUCUUUGCAGCUCCUCUUCAGUUUUUGUAAAAAGUCACUGUAGUUGGAAUGGAUUUCUUAAAGGCAGCGUAGGUGAAUCACAUUCUUUAAACUCCACCCAUAUAAACCAACUAAAUGCUUUAAUGAAUAUCUUGUAUUUUAAAUUCUUCAGAGAUCAGUCGCUGCCGUUUCAGACAGCUGUGUUGCUUCACUCUCUCAGAUUUUGUUCUAAUUUGUUAUUUGGGACCUAAAACAAAUUAAAUUUGUUGUCAGAUCUGGAUAUUUUUGUAAUUUCACCCUCAAAAACACAAGGUCUUAUGUAGAAAGCAACUUUAAUGGUUCAAUAUCUCUAGAAAUACAACUCUGAAAGUGAUGAAAUUUGGCUGGAUCGAAAGACUCCAGCAGAGUCCAGCAUUAUUGACCCAUGAAACUGUAAGAAAUGCACAAAAAUACAAUCUUUGGUCAACAUUUCACCUCCCUUUCCAGCCCCUAACACCAGUAGAAUUUGAUGUUUUUCAGUAUGACAAGGAAAGAUUCCAGUUUUUUUGCUAUUUUGACAAAAUGGUGAUUGAAUGCCUUCAGCAGAGGCCUGAUUUCAAUCACUAACCCUUGAAAAUGCAAAAAAAGUGCAGCAUUUUCAGACAAAGUUCCUGCUAGUGUGUAUCUAUGGAUCUAUAUCUCCUACUCCUAGUAGUCUCUGGUCGACAUUUUACCAACUUUUAAAGCCACAUCUGUAGACGUUAAUGUUUGGUGUAAAGCAAGGUUUGAGCCAUUUUUCACGUUGUCUUCAUGUUGAAAUUCAGUCAACAUUUAACCUGCUGGAAACCGUUUUUCUGUCCUCAGCUGACUUCAUGGGAGUUUUACUUCUAAAAAUACUGACAUUUCAAAAUGGCUGCUCAGAUUUUGUGAGAGGGGAAACACAAAGAUUUCCAGGUCUGAAAACAUCUGAAGUUUUCUAAAUUCAGAUGAAAUAUUUAACAGAACUCAGUUUCUGUCCCCUAAUAACAAAUAAGUGAAUGAAAUCUGAGACGUUUGAGCAACACGUUUCCUGCAUUCUGCCUGAUUUGAUGCUGACUGACCCUCGGAGACGUCCACAGAUUAAAUCUGACCAAUUAUCAGAAGGAAAGCUGCCUCCACUCAAAUCUUUAUUAUUAUUUAUUCUUUAACUUCUGAUUGAUUGGUUUGUCUUCCUGGUGGACGUCUUUCCAUGCUGGAUAUCUUCAUCAGACUCUUUCCUCUAUUAAGAAAACUGGUUUAAUAGAAAAGAUGCUCAGAUUUAACAGCUUCAGCAUCUGGUUGUUUCUGUUUUUUGGUCUUUGCUGCUGUUUUCAUAUUUAAGUCAUUUCAUCUUGGUCACAUUCACCUGUGAGUCUGCAAACACAAGUGGAUUUUAUGAAUGAAGUGUUUCCUCCCAUUUCUUGUACCACUUAAACACAGAUGGUGUCCUUUGGCCCAUCACAGCUACAGAUAUCUAACUGAAUUUCCUGUAUAUUUUUAGGUUUAUUGCAGGCUGACUACAGUUUAAAUCCAAAUGUUGACCAAUAAUCUGUUCCGAUGUCACUACCAGACCAUGUAUUUCCAAGUAGAUGUUGGUUUAUGGUUCAUUAACAGCAGCUCAGUUCAGUACUUCAUCAACACUUUCAAAAAUGCAACGAUGAAAACCAACAUUUAAAGUGUACGGAUUUUAUUGUUUGAUUGCUUGUUCUUGGUUUUAAAGACUUUAGGUUCUGAGUUGUUGUUGGACUGAGAACAUCAUGUUCUUACUUUAGUGGUGUCCUGAGAACGUUGAUCAGUUCCAGCUUUACAUCCAUCACCACAUGUUCUUCUGUGUUGUUGCCGUACUGACCAAACUCAUGUUGCAUUUCUAUUCUGUCUACAAAUCGUGCUUACAGGCCUCCAUAGCGAAGGAUAUAUUUGUUUCAGGUGUGAGGAGAAGUGAUUGUUACCUCAGAUUUCAUGCGUUUCUGAGCCAGUUAGACCUUCUGAACACAGUCUGGUAUAAAGUACCCAGACACUGCUAGAGUCUUGAUAUUAAACCUUGCAGUCCUUCUCAUCUUUUACCUUCUUCUAAACCGAAGAACUCCUGUUAGGUUUCUGUGGAGUUUGACUAGCUGAUAGAUGAGCUGUUGGAGAAUCUAGGAUUAAUCUUCGCAGUAGGCUUAGGGCUCAACGUUCAGGUUUAGAUGCAGUUUCUGGUCAUUUAACACUUUUAUGGAAACAUCUGAAAACAAAUUUUGGUUUCUAAGGACAUCCCACUGAAGCAACCACUGCUGAUAAACAGAACAGAAACUAGGGCUGGACAGAUAGAACUGUCACCGUUUGAUAGAACUGAUGCAUCAAAAAAACUGAAUAUAUGUCAGAUUAAAUCAUUUUAGCAGCAGAACCAGUUGGAUGGAAACCAUUUCCAGAUGCGUCCAUAUGAGUUUAUCCAAUGCCAACAGUGACUGAACGUGUCGUUUUUGUCUUUCUGAUGAGUUCCCUCGGUUUCACAGCUGUGAAUUAAUUCAUCAGGAGGUAAAAACUGUUUCGGCAUUUAGACUGAAUUGACCUAAAUUUGCUUCUGUCAAACAUUUUCAGCCAAAGUUUCUUUAAGAAGACGACACAUCUCAGAAUUGUGAAUCAGACUAAUCGUAAAAGCUCUUUUGCACAAUGUUGUGACUGUAAAGGCUGUUUUACACCUGGACAGGUAAAUGGUACUAAUUCAUGAAAACACUCCAAAGAUCAGCGCAGUUAAAUGACAUUUCUCAUUGAGUCAUUUAGAUGAAGUGUUGAUGUGCUGGAACCAGGAGAGAAGCUGACAUUUAUCUGCUGAUGUUCAUGUUUGUUUUCCUGGAGAACGUUCGAUCUCCUCUAAUGUUCUGUCACAGCAGCUUUAGUUCACUUCAACCGUCCAGCUUUUAGAACCUCCAAAGGUUCUUUAAAACUUCUCUGAUCAAACACCUGAAGUCUGUUGAUGUCGCACAAGUUUUUCUUUUGGCCAAAUGAUUUUAAACCCUUCAUUGGGACUUGUUUCUGUUUUUUCUGUUUAAUUAUCUGAAAGUGUUCUUCUGUUUCUGUGGAUCUGAUCAGACCUUAGAAGGAUUGUAUUUAUUUGACUGAAGCUGCUUUUACAUUCCUGAUAUGAUUUUCUUUAAAAACUAAAAAAGAAUUUAAUGCUCGCGUAUUUUAUUUGCUUCUUUUCAUUUGAACUGAAGUCGACCACUUCAUUCCCUUCAUGAAGUAAAGUGUGAAAAGCUCAUUUUAAAUCCAUUUAAUCACUUGGCUCACUGACAUCGGUGGACUAAAUUAAAAUACUUUAACACUCUGGGAA